ACACGGGGCGGGCACGGGGCGGGUGGGGAGACUCGACCCAGUGAGAGGGAGGUUGCCUCAGAGGGACCUGCGGUGGCAACUGUACCAUGGCCGCGCUCUAUGGCGGCGUGGAAGGGGGAGGCACACGGUCCAAAGUCCUUUUACUUUCUGAGGAUGGGAAGAUCCUGUCAGAAGCAGAUGGACUGAGCACAAACCACUGGCUGAUUGGCACAGACAAGUGUGUGGAGAGGAUCAACGAGAUGGUGACCACUGCCAAACAGAAGGCUGGAGUGGAUCCUCAGGUACCCCUUCGAAGCCUGGGCCUGUCCCUGAGUGGUGGGGAGCAGGCGGAUGCAGUGAAGCUCCUGAUAGAGGAGUUGAAGGGCCGAUUUCCCCACCUGAGUGAAAGUUACAUUAUCACCACUGACGCAGCAGGUUCCAUUGCCACAGCUACACCGAAUGGUGGGAUUGUGCUCAUCGCUGGAACGGGCUCCAACUGUAGGCUUGUCAAUCCCAACGGCUCCGAGAAUGGUUGUGGUGGCUGGGGCCACAUGAUGGGAGAUGAGGGCUCAGCCUUCUGGAUUUCACACCGAGCCAUAAAAAUUGUGUUUGACUCCAUGGACAACCUGGAGGCAGCUCCUCAUGAUAUUGGCUAUGUCAAGCAGGCCAUGUUCAACUAUUUCCAGGUGCCGGAUCGGCUAGGAAUCCUCACCCACCUGUAUAGGGACUUUGAUAAAUCCAAGUUUGCUGGGUUUUGCCAGAAAAUUGCAGAAGGUGCACAGCAGGGAGAUCUCCUUUCCCGGUACAUCUUCAAGAAGGCUGGGGAGAUACUGGGCAAACAUAUUGUGGCAGUUUUGCCAGUGAUUGACCCGGUCUUGUUCCAAGGGAAGCUUGGCCUCCCCAUUGUGUGUGUGGGCUCAGUGUGGAAGAGCUGGGAGAUGCUGAAGGAAGGCUUUCUCCUGGCACUGACUCAGGGCCGAGAGCUGCAGGCCCAGAAAUCCUUUUCCAGCUUUACCCUGAUGAAGCUACAGCAUUCUUCUGCACUGGGAGGUGCCAGCCUAGGAGCCAAGCACAUUGGAUACCAGCUUCCCCUGGACUAUAGCAUCAACGCCAUUGCCUUCUUUUCCUAUACCUUCUAGGGCCUGCACCCCCUCCCCCAUCCAGCUGACAAACAGGAAAGGAAGUGUGGCUCCUAAGCUUGACAUCUUGAAGAGUUCAGUGUGUCUUACGACCUAGUCCUGACUCCCAGGGAACAGAAACGUCUGGGGUCCAGCAGUGUGUUGGCUGAUGAAAGCAGAGGACAGGUAGUAUGUAGUCUAAUGUGUCCCUGGGUAGAUUCCUGUCUGUUCCCACCACUACCAGCGACUUCUUGGAAGAUUAAACAUGGGAAAAAGAAACCCACUCCUUCCAGAUUGUGACCUAUCUAAGUCUGGUGACAUCCUCCAGGUAGCAGAAUGGAUUUUGGAAGGUGCUCACACCCACUGCACUGAGCUAUCCCAGAACUGACCAUUCCUGGGGGCAACGAGUCUUAUGGCAAUUGUGAAUGGACAGGUCAUUCAGGGUCCCUGCUUCACAUCUCAGCAUCCUUUCUACUCUCCCUACUUGAUAAAACUAGUGCCUCCCACCCUUGCUCUCUCUCCCAGAGGAGAGUGGCUGGGAUAGGCUUUCCCACCAGAUGGGUACCUCCAACUUCUAGUUAAACUCCUAUUCUUAACAUCCUAUAAACCUAGACUAAUAGCACGUAAUACCAAAACUCUUACUGAAGAGAUCUGUCCCCUCUAGCAACAGGGGACAAACUCAGGAAGCCAGGCAGUCACAUGCUUAUCGACCACAGCCCCAAUCAAGAGGUUCACUCUGGCUGUCCCCCUUUCCCAGCUCACUCAUUGAAGGUGCUGAUUUGCAGAGCUGUUUACCUGCAUCUUAGUCUCUUGAAAGUCAAAACAAUAAACCCUUGACAUAACAAUUAUAUGGAAAAUGCUUAGUAGUU